CUUGGAGUCAGAAGUGCCAUUAAUUACGGACUUCCAUGGAUGGUGCACAUGAGAAUGUCUUCCCCAUCAGUGGGAGGACUGGACACUCAGUGCUGGGUAGCCAAGCUGUCCACAAGGCGGAAAGAAAAUCAUCUGAGGCUUGGUUGCCAGCUGAGGAGAGACAAGGCUCCGAAGAUCAGCCAGAGGACUCAGUUGGGAAAGUCAGCGGCUGCACAGGUAUGAGGAGGAAGAGUAGAACAGGCAAGAGAGCAGAGGCUGGCACGAGUGAGAAAACAGUGGACGAGAGGACCCUUGACCCCUCUUCCUCGGGGCAGCUGGCUGACAAAGAUUUCAUCAUCAGUGUGUUGCUGAGCCUGUCCCAAGAGCAAUUCCAGUCUCUUUGGGAUGACAUGGCAAAUAAUGUGCCCGUGUCUAAGCUGGCAUGGACUUUGUCAUCAUGGGUGAAGCGAUCUGCGUGGCAAGUGCUCCCUCAAGCGAUGAUGGAAGUCAAAACAAUAUGUGCUACUCUUCCUGUCUCCAUGGGUACCUCACUUGAAUCCUCUAGCCCCGCCAGAUUAAGGCUGAAUCAUCAGGCCUUGCAGGCCCAAGCACCGGAUGUCUCGUCUUCGGCAUCCAAAUGCCUUCCUGAUCAGCCUGAAGUGUUUAACAAGGAUGAGUGCUGCCAUUCCAGUAGUGCAGCGCUCACUGAUGGGCACAGAAAAAGCAUGGGCGACUCCUGCUGCUCCCUGCCUAUCUGUGCAACUCCACUGGACUCUCCGACCAAACUCUGUAGGUUAAAUAUAGCUGUUCUGUCGAAUGCUGAUGUUUCAGAGCAUUUGCUGACAACCAGUGGAGAGCUGUCUAAUGCUCUGUGCUCUGUCAGUUUUGGGCACAGCUCUGAGGGGAUUAACCUUGGCAUGACGCCUAGAAGUCAUAUUGGUCAUAAGUCGCAAGAGGUUUGCUACCCGGGGGCCACUGCCAAAAUGUCUUCAUGCACCUACACUGGAGGCCUUGUCAGUGGGAGUCUACAGCCUGACAUUUCCUCCACUGAAUGUCUUAGUGUGGACAAUGGGAGCUGGUGUGUGUCCAACAUGCCUUCUGCUGUGGAUGCUCUGAAGAACACCAUGGAAAGGAUGGUUCUCUGUGUGGAUAAUACCAGAGCUUCUCAGGAGAGGCUUGAGACCCUCUUCACAAGUGGACUACUCCAACCCUUCAUCCAAGACCUGGUGGAUCAGCUCCGGGAGGUCAUCUCCUUUGGGAAAACCUCAGCUCCUUCCCAUAUUGAGAGAUCGACAUCUGACCCUGCCAUUUCACUGUCUGGAUGGGCCAACAAGAGUCAAAAGGGACUCGCAACAGAUAGAACCCUAGAGAUCACUCGGGUCUACAUCCAAAAGGUUGUUCGAACUUUACUGCGGGAGUUACUGAUCGCCCUACACGCGCCUUGGGCAGAAAAUGAGAAAGGUGCCUGCUCCUCUAGGACUUACCAGAGGCCCUCUGAAAAGGUGUGCGCUGAGGUGGUGAAAGUUUUCACCGAGGCACUGGUGCGGCAGGUAAUGACAUUGUUACCCAAUAGGCAAGCAACUUGCUUACACCCUUCACCAUCAAAAGCAUCCUUGCAGUCUCACUCCAGACUGGCCAGUGACAUUACCCAAAUCUGCCAUGUGCCAUCACCAUGCACAUCAAGCUUAAACUUCCAAGGAGAGGACUACCGGUGCCUGGUGACAAUCCUGGUGGUGAAACUGCUGCUCAACAUCCACCAGACAGAAGAAUAUGACCAUAUUGUAAGCAUUCCAAACGUUUCUCAGAUGCUAGCCAACAGGGUGCUGUUUGAAUUCUGCGCCAUGUCUGGCCUUUCCAGAAGUGAACCUUAUCCCCCCACACUGGCAAUUCAGAAGGUCUACCGGGAUGUCUACAGAAAGCUGCUGGCGGAGUUUGGCACCAAGGGAGAACUUCAGAGGGCUCUUUUUGCUCAGCGAGUCUCUUUCAGCAAGAGCCUGGUCAACCUGCUCUGCGAAGAGCUACUGAAGCACUGUCGAAAAGAGAAGGUGGAAAAUCUCUCCAAUUCAAACAAGAGAGUGAUGAGCGCAGCCAACCCUCCUAAAACUACAUUAGAGAAAGACAGAAAGAUCGCUACCAAAGUCUCUUCAUUCUUCAAGGAGAGACGGUCCUCAAAGAAGUUUUUCCGCAGUACCAACCAAGUGACACCACGUGGCGGUGGGGCCCAUCAGAUAUCCAGAGCAUCUGUUGAUCACUCUAAUGGCGGCCCAAGUUCCCUUGCUGUUCCUCUGGGUGAAGAGAUCAUUGCAGGCCAUGGCCACAUGAUGGAAGACGUUCAUAUAGACAACUCAGGUUCAGGGGACCGACCCCUCAUCCUAGAUGAAAACAGUCCCUCCGUAUUCUCCAGGGUUUUUGACCGAUUCUCCACUGUUUUGGACAGAUCUCUCUGA